CACCCAAUACCUCUUAGCUAGCUAGCUAGCUCUUGUCACUCAUUCACCUAAAGGGUAAAAAAUUUGACCAAACAUUUCCCAAAUGGUCAAUCAAGAAUGCCAUGUUGUUCCAAAGCCGUUGGAUUUGAACGCCUCCAUCUUCCACCACCAGCCAAACAUCCCUGCGCAGUUCAUAUGGCCGGACGAGGAGAAGCCCACGGCUGACGCCCCACGCCUCGACAUUCCCCUCAUCGACUUGUCGGGCUUUCUCUCUGGGGACCUUGUCGCCGCUGAAGAAGCUUCGAGACUCGUAGGGAAGUCGUGCAUGAAACACGGGUUCUUCCUCGUUUCCAACCACGGCGUCAACGGGGACCUCAUCUCCGAUGCCCACCGCUGCAUGGACCACUUCUUCGAGUUGCCUCUUGGCGAGAAGAUAAAGGCUAAGAGGCAACUCGGGGAGCAUUGCGGCUACGCGAGCAGCUUUACGGGCCGAUUCUCGUCAAAGCUGCCGUGGAAGGAGACGUUCUCUUUUAGCUUCUCGGCCGAGAAAAACUCUCAAAACACAGUCCAAGAAUAUUUCCAAUCAGCAAUGGGUGAAAAUUUCUCACAUACAGGGAAGGUUUAUCAAAAAUAUUGCAAUGCAAUGAACAAGCUUUCACAAGGGAUACUAGAACUGUUGGCGAUGAGCCUAGGAGUGGAAAGGAAGAGCCUGAGAGAAUUCUACGAAGACAACGAAUCGAUAAUGAGACUGAACUACUACCCGCGGUGCCAGAAACCCGAGUUAACGUUGGGGACCGGCCCACAUUGCGACCCGACAUCGCUCACCAUCCUCCACCAAGACAAUGUCAGUGGGCUCCAAGUGUUUGUUGACAACCAGUGGCACUCCGUCCCCCCAUGUCCCAACUCCUUUGUUGUUAACAUCGGCGACACUUUCAUGGCGCUAACGAAUGGGAGGUACAAAAGUUGCUUGCACAGGGCAGUGGUGAACAACAUAAGUGCAAGGAAAUCACUUGCAUUUUUUUUGUGCCCGAAGAAGGACAAGGUUGUGAGGCCUCCUGCGGAAUUGGUUGACUCAAAUAACCCGAGACUAUAUCCGGAUUUCACAUGGCCGACUUUUCUUGAGUUUACUCAAAAGCAUUAUAGAGCCGAUAUGAACACACUUCCAGCCUUCUCCGCUUGGAUCCAAAACCACAAUCACUCGUAGUUCUUUGCUCGGUCAUCCCAUUCAUGAUUGAUUCAAACCAACUUAACUAUAUAUAUGGUCAUAAUGGUCUUGAUUCAUGAAUGGUGAUAGCCACCUACGUACAAUAUAUAUAUUUAUAUAUUCGGAAUUGUGGAACGAAAAUAGAGGGAAAAACACAAAAUUAGUGAGUGUUCCUCUUUUUUUCCUUAUUAUGGAGUUAAUUUUCUUGCCAUCCCGGCCUUCACCGAUUGAUCGAAUUGGUUUGUUAGGAGGAAAGAAAUAUGUCUGUAAUUUUAAAUUAAAUGAAGCAUAAUAAUGUAUAUGUGAUGGGUUAAUUAUUUCAUUCAAUGUGAUGUGAUCAAUUGAGGAUAAGCCAAACACUCUGCUUCAUUAAUUAUCUAUUGUUUAAUUGGGAACAAAAUGAU